ACGGAGAUUGUGUUUUUUCUUCGUUGAAAGCGAUGACAAAGAAAGCGAAGCAAAGAGACAAAGAAUCCGCAGCUCAUAAUUUCUUUUCUAUCUGCUGGGGGAUCACUAGAAUCACUAGAAUUCGCUCAAUACAGUGAGGAGAGAUGUCUUUUGGCGGUUAACUGGGAAUUAAGAUGAAACAGUGAGUGAUUUUUAGGUCAAAUUUCACGAACCCUAAAUGGAAGACGAGGGAAUAGGGUUAGUGUUGGCCAGAGCUACAGAACUUAGAUUGAAGAUCAGCAAUUGCAUCCACAGAGCCUCGCCUGCUGCGUACUCGCCUACCAAUGGCCCCUUAACGACUGAACCUCCUGAUGGGAACGAAGUAAAUGACCCCGAAGAUGAUGAUAAUGAUGAAGAAGCAGAAAGGCUGUUAAACAUUUGCGAUGCGCUGGAAUCCUUGGAGAACCAGUUAUCUUCCUUGCAGGUUCUGCAACACCAGCAGCAAUACGAAAGAGAAGUUGCUCUUUCUGAGAUUGAGCAAAGCCGCAAAACGUUAAUUGAUAAGCUCAAGGAGUACAAAGGUAAGGAGCUGGAAGUGAUACGAGAAGCUUCUACCUUCGCUAGCGAAACGGUGGAGCACAACAAUGAUCUGCUUCUUCCUCCAUAUCCAAGCCGUCCUCCCUACACCAUGAUGCAUAAUUCUGUUUGCAACGGGUUAAUUCCAAUUGAUCCGAAGGUCCAAUCGAGGAAGAGUGUGAACGAGAAGGAGCAAAAUCAUGCCCAAGAUGGCGUGAAAAAUGCAAGAAAAGGAUUGGGAUUUUUUGUGACUUCUGCAGCCAAAACUGUGCUCACUGUUGUUGGCGUGGUAUCCGUCAUGAGCUUGUCUGGUUUUGGACCUAAGAAGUUAGGUACGAACCUCAACAUUUUGGGCCUGCUUCAUCGACCAGAAAGUGAGGAUGAAAGAUCAAAAACUAGAUGCCCCCCAGGGAGAAUCCCACUGGUAGAAGAUGGGGAAGUUCGAUGUGUUGUGAAAGAGAGAGUUGAAGUUCCAUUUUCAGCAAUUGCUGCGAAGCCAGAUAUAAACUACGGGUGUGGUUAGUUCUAGUGCUUAAUGUUGUGCUUCACUUCUCUCCUUUUCUACCCUACUGUUCAUAUGCUUGUUCACUGGCAUGUAGUUGUCAUGAUUUUUGGUAGUUUAUAUUUAGCCACGAGGUCUUGAUUGUUUGAGAGAAGUGGGAUCAAUGAUUGUAUGGUCUUUUAUGCCCAUUAUGGUAGCAGAUCCCCCCCCCCCCCC